CAACAAUAAGUACAAGCACCAACAACAACAACAUCAUCAACAACAACAAGAACAUCGUCGACGGCGUCAAUUGCGACGAUGGCUGCCAUAAAUACGGUACCCAAGAGCAUACACCUGCCAUUGACCACUCUCAGCAGCGCCCCGCGCGUGUUGAUGUGCAGCGCCUCCGUGGGCACCGAGGGAUCCGUGACUCUGCAACUAAGGGAUGCCAACGCCUUGGAGGCAGCCUCAUCGAAGCCAGCGGGAACUGCAUCAAGCGGAGGAGCAACAACCUCCACGAAUGGCGCUGCAACUGCGUCAGCGGCAACGCUAGAGAAUGCUCUAACCAUAGGCUAUCCGGAUCCGGAAAUGUUGGCAGAUGUCUUGGGCACCAUACAGACAGCCUCUCUUAAAAACCACAACAGCAACUCAAUCACAGCAGCAACUUCAAGCAAUAGCUCAGGCAAAUCGGCCGUUGGCAAUCAUUUGAGUAAUCCCAAUAAGAUAACCAUAACCAGGCGCAGUGUGCAAUCGGUCAGCGCAUCCACUAGCACCAGUAGCAGCAGCAGCAGCAGUAGCAGCAGCAGCAGUACAAGCAGCAACGGUACCAAGACAAACACCAGCUACAUUAAGAACUGCUUGAUCCGCAGCAGCAGCUGCAGCAACACGGUCACCAAUGUCACCACGCUGGCCCAGAUUAUGAGCAACAGCAGCACCAGCAGUGCGGCCAGUUUACUCAAUCAGCACAACAACAACAGCAAUUGCAGCAAUAGCAGCAACUUCAGCACAGCCUCCUCUGUGGGCAGCAGCAUCAGCAUUGGCAGCAGCGGCAGCAGCAAUAGCAACUCCAACGACAGCAACAGCAGCUCCGGCGGUGGACACAGUCUCAGCUUCAAGAGCAACGGACACGGCAGACAUGUGCCCGCUGCUUCCGGUGGAGUAAGCACAGCGGCAGCAGCCACCAACACCAGCUCGUCAGGGAUUGGGAUUGGCAUUGGCGGGAUCAUCAGCGUUGAAGCGCCGCGCAAGAAUCGCCCCAAAUUAUCCUCACCGACGCGACACGGUCCGCAGCAGUGUCAGACUUGUUGCAAGAUCUUUGGAAAUGCCUCGGCGCUGGCCAAGCACAAACUGACGCACAGCGACGAGCGGAAAUACAUCUGUGCGCUCUGCUCGAAGGCAUUCAAGCGGCAAGAUCACUUAAACGGACACAUGAUGACUCAUCGGAACAAGAAGCCUUACGAGUGUAAGGCGGAUGGCUGCGGCAAAUCUUACUGCGAUGCCCGCUCCCUGCGACGGCAUUCGGAGAACCAUCAUGCCGGCGGAGCCACCACGCCCACCACCACCAGCCAGCAGUCGCUCUCGCCCACCGCCAGCUCGAGCGGAGCGAGCAGCAGCAGCAGCAGCGGCGUGGGCGUGGCCACCAGCUCGCUAAGUCUGUCGCCGGCCACGGCCAGCGGGGAUGCCAGCUCCCCGGACGGAGCCACCUGCAUUCGCACCUACAUCUCCACGGGCAGCUCGGUGGUGGAUGCGGCCACUGGAAUUGCCUUGUCGGAUGAGCAGAUCAAGGCCAUGAACCUGCCGAUCAAGACGGGCGUGACUCUGCUAUCGCCAACCACAUCGACAUCGUCAAAUGCCUCCUCCACGGCCUCGUCUUCAUCCUCCGCCUCCGCCUCUGCCUCUGUCUCGUCGCUCUCCUCGGCGACAUCUGGUUUGGGUUUGACGGCAGGAUCAUCGCCUUCUGCCGGCGGCGGCACCGUGAUAGCCACCAGCUCGCCAGGGCCAACCAUCACGCUCAGCGAUGGGAUGAGUCUCGAGGGCGAGGGCCUGACCCGAGAGCAGCUGGACCUCAUCAGCAAGAUCAUGCAGCAGACGAAGCAGACAAGCGCCCAGGUCACCGUCUCCUCGCCCACCAGCGUCAGCUCCUACAAGAUCAACACGAACUCGGCGCCGUCGCAAGCUAGACCGAGGACCUGGAAUAUGCAAUUGCUCAACAAUGCCCAGAAUGUGACGGUCACCGUUGAGGACAGCACUGAUCUGGUGGCUCCUUCCUCUAGCUCCCCCGUGGAGGUCAAGGAGGAAGAGCUGAGUCCCCAGCUAGUGGCCGCCAUCAAUCCCCACCUGCUCAACAUUGUGAAGCUCGACAAGCCCGUCGAGUGCAAUCUGUGUCACCGAAAGUUCAAAAACAUACCCGCCCUCAAUGGGCAUAUGCGUCUCCAUGGUGGUUACUACAAGAAGGAUCCGGAAACCAAGCGCAGCGAGAAGAAGGACUCCAGUGGCCCACCCCUGCAGACGGCCAGCAUUGGAGUAAGAGCCCUCAUUGAGGAAAAGAUUAUCAGCAAGCGCAAGGACAUGACAAAGGGCUCCUUUGUGGUUCCCGCACCGCCUCAUAGCAGCGGCACCACCACCACCCUGCGUCGAUCCAUCAGCGACCUGGAGAGUUUCCUUAAUCCUAAGAGCAGCUCCAGUGGACACACCCAGACCCUGACCACCAGCACAGGCACCACCACAGCCGUGCUUCCGGCAGCCACCACCAUUAAGAGCAGCAAUGGCCUGAGCAUCCAACAGAUUGGCCUGCCGCAGAGCAUUGAGAUCUUCAGCGGUGGGCAAAAGCAGGCAAAGACUCUAAAUCUGGGCAGUGGCACCAAUACCAUCACUAUAACCACCAAUAAUGUGCCCACCACAACCACAAUGAGUGCGUUGACUGCCUUAAAGGCAGGCGGCACCAUUAGCGGCAUUUCCACGGCCACCAACACGGAUCCCAAGGACUCCACGCUGAUAGAGCUCCUCAAGCGGGGUACACGCAUUGCGGUGACUUCAAAGAAGGCUCAGACCCAGUGUCAAACGACAUCCGGUGUCCUGAUGACGUCCAGUGCCACGGCUACUCAAUCAAUGGGCACCCUCACCGAGCUGACCACCAUUGGCGGAAGCAGUGUCCAGACGGUGGGUCGCCAGAUCAUCACGAACAACAAUCGUACCGUGAUCAUACCCUCUGACGUCCAGGUGGUGUCCACCAAGAGCAAGCUGAGCAGCCUGAGCACUCUGGUGAAGAGCACCAGCAGCACCUCCAGUUCCACUAAUACCAGCUGCUCCUCGAGCAAUAUCUCGCUCGCUGAUGGAACCCCGCUUUCGCUAACCAUAGCGCCCAGUCAGGAUGUUUCAGGAUCCACUAGUGGAGUUCCGAGUGGGACAGGCGGUGUUAUUACUAGCGGUGGCGGUGGUGUCUACACGGUGACAUACACCAGCGAUGGCACCGAUCUCUUCGACGACGCCGAAGUAUACAACGUAUCCGACACGGAGAUGCUGCUGCAAACGGUGGACUCGAUGGAGCUGCUGAACGACGACGAGGACGAGACGCAGAUUAAAAGCGAACAUUCCGAGGACUUUGCCCUGCUGAGCGAGGGCGGGGACAGUGAGCAUACCCAGCUGGUGAAGCUGGAGACGGAGAGCGGACAGGCUGGCUGCAAUUCCUCCGGAGGACCAGGGGCGGGAGCCAAUACCACGCCGUUGCCCACCUUUCAGCAAUUCCAUUCCAAGGAGCUGAUCAUGCAGAACAGUUCGCAGAUCCAGGCCAUAGCCAGCAUGCGGGGAACCGGAAAUGGUGUUGGUCCUGGUAAUGGCAGUGGUGUUCUGGCCUCGCCACUCCACUCGCCACUGGCCUAUCCCACGCCGCCUUCGAGCCACGAGAACAUGGCCCAGAGCUCGCCGUUUAUUGAGGAUGCAGCCGCUCAGUUCGUGGAUGCAAGCAACACCUUCUUCGGCGACAAGACGGACUUCUCGCACAUCUACUUCAAGACGGACGAGGGUCAGGCCACCAUCGAGCAGAUGAACGAGCAUGACAACGAGAAGAUCCUCAAGCUGAAGUCGGUGCUGGAGGAGAGCAGCUUCGAUCCCUCCAUCAAGGUGGAGGACCUGCUCAAUGGCACCGACGACGACACCGAGUGCGAUCUGCGUGAGUUUGCCGAGACGAAUCUCUCGUUCUUGGACGAGGACCAGGAGUUCCUCAAUGACUCCCGCAAUGCCACUUCCCCGCUCUCGGAGAGCUUCUUCACCAGCGGCAUUGGCUCGGCGGAGGAUGUGAAGCAGGUCCUGCGCGAAGUCCUGCCAGAUGAGAAUAUGCAGCUGCAGCUGACCAGCGAGCAGCAGGGCGAGAACAUCAUCGAUCUCUACUACCUGCCGGGGCUGGGACUGCAGUCCCAAAUGAUGCCCAACUCGGAAGACCCCUUGUUGUCCUCAUCGCCCAGAGAGUUUGGUCAGCAGCGGCAGCAAAUGAGCAGCAUACAGCCCCUGGAGCAGCAGGUCCAACAGAAUGGCAACCUGUAUCAGCAGCAACAGCAGCAGCAGGAGCAGCAACAGCAGCAGCUCCAGGAGCCACCCCAGCAGGAGCAAUCACAGCAGCAGCAGCAGCAAUACCAGCAGAUUCUUCUCCCCCAGCAAACGCCAAAUCAGGGUGAAUCCCUGCCAGCGGUGGUGCAGCAGCAGACCGACUUCAUGCUGCCCCUGGUGGGAGGACAUGGCUUUGCCCAGGUGUCCUCCGGCCAAACGCAAUACGUGGACAAUGGUCAAAGCAACAUGCAGGGACUGCAGCCCCUCAACAGCCUGCUGCAGCCGCUGCUCUACCAAGGAACCGUCACCUCCAAUGGCAUGGUCGCCGGCGGACAAGAGAGCCUGCUGCCCAACGAUUGUCAAAUGAAUACCAAUCAAAGCCAGACAACGACGACUCUGGAUGCUGGUUUGCUGUUCGCCUGCGGCAACACCACAACCACCACCACCAACAGUACGGCCACGACAAUGGGUAAUAAAUCCCUGCUAGCCUCAGGGCCCUUGCCUGCCACUGUGACCAAUCUGCAGCCGCUGUCGAAUCAAACCAAUUCCAUUCUGAAGCGCCGCCUGCGCUCCAGUGCGCCCCAGGAGACGCACAAGUUCUCCAAAUUCCACACGCUCUCGCCGCACCGCUCCAAGCUGCGCAAGCCCUCCCGUACCCACUAUACGCCGGCUCCGAUCCUGAAUCCGGAUCGCAAGGGAACCGGUCUCUACUGCAGCGUCCGCAAGCAGCUGGGCCUGGGCCAAGGUCUCUUCGAUGCCUUCGACGAUGACUUUGGGGAUCCGGUGGGCCUUGUUGACUUCUCCGACGAGUCUAAGGUUAAUCUGGGCUCCACUUACCAGGCGCAGAUACCCAGUUGCCGGCCGCCGGAGGAGGCUGUGCGAGAUCCACUCGGCGCCGAGUUGAUGUGGAAUCCGGAAGUGCAGGAGGACGAAAAGAUACUGAUGCGCUACAUUGAUCUCAGCAAGUCAUCGGCCGUGCCCAUGGGCAGUCAUUCCGAGGAGGUGGCGCUCCAAACGCUGCUCAAGGCCAGGGGCAACUCGGCGGCAGCGGUGCUCACCCUGCUGCAGACGCAAUCCGGUGCCUUUCAGAUGAAGUGGACGGCCUACGAGCUGGAGCAGUUCCUGCGGGGGUUGGAGAAGCAUGGCAAAGACUUUGGCAAGAUUGCCAGUGAGCUCCUCACCAAGUCCUCUGGCGAGUGUGUGCAGAUGUACUAUUUCUGGAAGAAGCUGUGCGUGGACUACAAGGUGUCGCACUUGAAGAUGGAGCCGGUGGUGGUGAUCACGCCCGCUGUGGAGAAGCCCUAUGUCUGCGAGAUUGCCGAUUGCUCAGCGAGCUUCAGUUCGAAGGCGGCGCUGCACGGUCAUGUACGCAUUCACGCUUAUGGUCGCAGCAACAGUAGCAACACCAGCAAUAGCAACAACAAUGGCAACAGCACUAGCAACAAUAACCAGCAGGGCACGGCCACUAGUGUCAAUAGUAGUAGCAGCAACACCAACAACAUCAAUGGGAGCGGCAGCAGCAACAUUAAUGGCAGCAGCAACUAUGCCUGCAACAUUAGCAACAACAAUCCCGCCAGCAAUGCAGCACCUCCCACAGGAGCAGCAGGAGCCACACACAGCAGCAAUUGCAAUCAGAAUCCUGGCGCCACAACUGGAGCUGCUGCCACCUCAACAGCAAUCUCGGCCUCAACCAAGCCGGAACAGGGAAUUAACGCCAUACCAGGUGCCGCCAAGGAGGGCGAGUUUCCCUGCAAGGUGUGCGGCAAGGUCUUCAAUAAGGUGAAAAGUCGCAGUGCGCAUAUGAAGACCCAUCGUGUCCAGGAGCCGGAUCAGAAGCAUCAGCAACUCAACAAUGGGGCAGCAGGAGCAGCAGGAUCAGGACUAGCCAAUGUGGCAACCGCAUCCAGCAUCACCACUUCGUCGUAGGCGAAACACGAAAGAAAAACAAACAAAAAUCGAUUGACAAUCGCAUUAAGCAAGCAGCAAGCAUUGUUUACCACUGUUAGAAUUUAUGCUUAGACGAAUUUGAGUCUAAAAAUCAAUGUCACGUGUACGUAGUAGUUAAAGGCAUUUCUUCACUAGCUCUAUCUCUAUCUCUAACUAUCUGUAUCCCCGAUUCCGAUUCCGAAUCUCUAUCUAGCGAUCACCUUCUCUCUAAACUAUCACCUAAGUAGCAACACUUUGACUCGCUUUAGGGUAUAAGUCUAGCCAAGGAUUGGUACAAGUUCAAAUUGAAUUGUUAUUGACUAUAUACAUAUAUGGUAGGCAAGUGCAAUAUAUAUGUUGAAGUAAUACAUACGGAUACGAUUACGAAUAUGUAAAUGUAAAUGUAUACAUACCUACCGUUUUUUUAUAUCGUAGGCCUUUAUUCAGCUCGACUUGACUGUAGGUGUAACUCUAUAACUAUACUACCAGCAAGCCGGAGGCUAAAGCCGAGGCUAAUCCCGAUCUAUGAUAGACAUUAGUGCAUAAUCUACUGUUAACUACAAGUUUUUUCUACUCAAAAUACUCGUACAUAGUUGCAACACACUACACUGAUACUUUACUAGGGCGAUAAAUGUGUAGCGAGUAAGAGAAUCUCUAUAUAUAUAUAUACUGGACUAGGUGUACGACGUAUGCGAUAUAUGAUUGUUGUUCUAGUUUUAAUGACACAACUCCGAGUAGUUGAAGUUUUACUUAGAUCGUACUUACCUACCUACGAACCUUAACUAUUGUACUAUGGUUUAGAGACCGAAACCCAAAGAGGAACCCUAAACGAAACCGCAAAACCCAUGAAAAUCUAGUGAAAUCAAGUGAUAUUGAGUGAGAUCAAAAACGAUUUUAGCUAAAACGUGAACAAAAUUCAACUCUAACACACAUACACACAAAUGUACUAUAUAAUUAAACGACGUGGAUGUGGAUGUUGAGAAGAGUUUUAACUUUUAAACGCAAAGUGUAGGCCAUAAGACACUGUAAAUAAGAGUCUAGAAAACUAAACGAUAAGGAAGGAUAUCUUUCAAAUUUCUCCAAAACGCAUAAAAGACAUUAAUCUAUUGAUAUUUCUAGAUACCCCUUGAAAAACCCACUCCCCCCCAAAAAAAAACACUGAGACACAGACAGACGGACAACGAGGGUUCAAAGUUCAGCUUUCAACUCUCAGAGCAGACACACACACAGAGACACAGUGCAGUUUUAUAUAGGCAUAGGAUAUAGAAUUAUAUACAAGCAUAUAUUAAAUUAAAUGGUACAACAGUAAAUCUGCCAGUAAUUUGAACAACAACAAGAAUCACACGUUUUCCAUUUGGACAGUGAGCUAAUGUACUACAACAAAUUGAUCAAUUGAUUCAACGUUUUGGGGGCAAUGCAAUGACCGACCGACCCGGGUGGUAUGUUAUUAACUAUGGCGUAAAUUAAUCUAGUUUAAUGUAAACCAAAGCAUGCAAGGCUAAAAACCAAAACCAAAUUAAAUAUUCAUGUUUAGUCUCUCGAACUUUCCCAACCCCAAAAAGAAGAGGGGCCCAGGCAGAGUCCUCGUAGAAGCAGAAAGCUUCUGAAGUACUCUGCUUGGGCAUCUCUGGCUUAAAAACAGACAGAAAAAGAAUAUGGAAGAUGGUAACUAUUAGCAAUUCUUAAGGUUGUAUUCGCUAGCGUGACUUUUUCUUAUCGUACAACUCAGAACACUAAGGAUCAGGUGCUGUAAAUAGCCAAAUCAGAGAUUUACACCGAAAGCCAGCACAAAGAAGUAUCGAAAACCAUCUAUUUAUUUCCCUUCACCUUGUUUUCGCCCUCACCUCCAGGAUAGCAUAUAUAGUAGCCAUAACAAUAGUCAUAGGUUUAGUUGACGGACGACAGGAUUCUGCAUAUUUUUCGGUGUUAUAUACAAUAAGAGUAAGCAGAUAUACAUACAACAUAGAAACGAGUACAGCUACAACCCACCACGAAAAGCAUCUUCGAAAGCUACUACUACUUACUACUGUUUGUUGUGGGCCCCUCGAAGCCGUUCAAAGACUUUCUCGCAUACAAUAAUAAUAGUCCGAAUCUGCAUCCUUGAUCAUCCUUUGUUGUGUGCAUUUUCUCGACUCAGUUUUUAGUUUUUCCACUUCCGUUUGUAUUGUACAACUCUUCUGUUCGAUUCUGAUUCUGUUCUAUGCUCAAAUGCCUUCAAGCGUAAGUCUUAAGUAUUACUAAAUAAAGUAUCCACAAAUGAGUGUUUAACCUUAAGUAAGUGUUCAAAUCUAGGGAUAAUGUAAGCUUAAGUUCAAAUGUGUGUGCACUUUGUUGCUUUUCAAGAAUGUUUCCUAAAGACAAACAGAUCGUAAGAAGUAUCUGCGCGAACGUCUAGUCAAAUGCGAGUCUAGUCUACAUUAUUUAUGUUUUAUUUUGUAAGUUUUAUUUUACUUAUUUAUUUACUGUGCCAAAAUGUUUAUCGUUUACCAAUUAAAUGAUUUCAACUGUUUCUUUUUCA